CCAACCCCCUAGCUGCCGGCCGCACUGCAGAAGGUCAGGGAGAGAAGAAGAGGAGAGAGGCAGAGACACAGAGCGGCAGAGGAAGAGACAGGGGCGGGGUGCUUGGAUGUACACGAACAUGCCAAGAGGAGAGAGCGUGGACGAGCGAUGACAGCCAUGCUGAGCCCAAAGAUCAGACAGACCAGGAGAGCCAGGUCCAAGAGCAUGGUGAUGGGCGAGGUGUCACAGGGGCCGUGCCGGUCGGCCUCCCCCAGCCUCCAGGAAGGGGCGCUGAAAGCUGGCUGGCUGAAGAAGCAGCGCAGCAUCAUGAAGAACUGGCAGCUGCGCUGGUUUGUGUUGCGCUCGGAUCAGCUCUUCUUCUAUAAAGACGAGGAAGAAACCAAACCACAGGGCUGUAUACCUCUGCAGGGAUGCCAGGUCAACGAGCUCACAGCAAAUCCGGACGAACCAGGAAGACACCUUUUUGAGAUUGUACCAGGUGGAACAGGAGAGAAGGACCGGGCCCCGAUCAGCCAUGAGUCCUUCCUGCUCAUGGCAAACUCCCAGAAUGACAUGGAUGACUGGGUCAAGGCCAUACGGCGGGUCAUCUGGGCGCCGUUUGGAGGAGGGAUAUUUGGUCAGCGUUUAGAGGACACAGUGCAGUAUGAGAAGAAGUUUGGCCCCCGGCUGGCCCCCCUGCUGGUGGAGCAGUGUGUGGACUUCAUCAGGGACAGGGGUUUGGACGAGGAGGGUCUCUUUCGGAUGCCAGGACAGGCCAACCUGGUCAAAGAGCUGCAGGAGGCCUUCGACUGCGGGGACAAGCCUCUGUUUGACAGUAAUACAGAUGUCCACACGGUGGCAUCCUUGCUGAAGUUGUACCUGCGAGAGCUGCCUGAACCAGUCAUUCCCUUCUCCAAAUAUGAAGACUUUCUGACCUGUGCACAGCUUUUGGCCAAAGAUGAGGAGGAAGGAGUCCAGGAGCUGGGAAGACAAGUUAGCACUCUACCUCUACCUAACUACAAUCUCCUCACGUACAUAUGCAAAUUCCUUGAUGAGGUGCAGUCCCACUCUAUCGAGAACAAGAUGAGUGUCCAAAACCUAGCCACAGUAUUUGGACCAAAUAUCCUUCGGCCCAAGAUGGAGGACCCAGUCACUAUCAUGGAAGGUACCUCUCUGGUCCAGCACCUGAUGACAAUACUUAUAAGGGAACACAACCGAUUGUACUCAGGGUGGGACCCGGAGGGACUCACCGUUCCCCAAACAGAGCUCCCUGUCCAGGGACAUCAGCUCCAGCAUCGCAGCCUCGGAGCCUGGAUCUCAGAGGAAGACCUCCAGAGCUGCCCUGUGUCUAACCCAGACCAAGAACUGCACAGCAGUGCCUCGUCUUUGGAUGCCAAACUGUGUGCGGCCGUCACUCCCACCCAGACCCCUAACCUGAACCCUGGACCAAAACUGGGUUCCCCAUCAGGGAAAGGAGAGACAGUGGUCAGCCCGAGUAAACAAGCCAAGACCACACCUUCCUGGAAAUACUCUUUCAAAAGCUCCUCGGCGCCUCGUUCCCAGCCGCAAGGCAAGCAAAGCAGCAGCGGCAGCUCUGUGGCUGAAAUCACUAGUGUAGCUUCUGGUGGGGGAGGAGGUGGAGGUGGAGGUGGAGGUGGAGGUAACUGGCUCAUGAACGGUUUGUCCUCCUUGAGGGGACACCGGCGCACAUCAUCAGGCGAGCGGUCUGCCCGCGACCGCGACUCCACCGGCUCCUCACAGAGACUGUCCACCUACGACAAUGUCACUUCUUCUUCGAGCAUGGGGAGCGUUCCAAGUGUCACCAGCACACCUUGGUCCACUUCCUCCUGCGAAAUCUCCACCCCCGACUCAGGAAGUGAGCCCUUGUCCAACCAGAACGGCGGUGUAAGGGGUGAAAGUGGGGAAAAAGGGGAGUGGGUGGAGAGCCAGAGGGAGAUUGACAGAGCAAGGGACGGAGGGACGACGACAGACCCGAGCUCUGAGCAGGACAGUUGUGAGGCCAUGGAGCUGUGCAGUAGCAGUGCAGCCUGCAGUGAGAAUGGAAACAUGGCCAUGGCUGCCGGGGUGCCGUCCAUUAUCAUGUCUGAGGAUGGGGACGGGGCAAAUCUAACACUGAGCAGUCUGGUGGAAGGACUGAAGGACGAGUUGAGGAAGCAGAAGACUGCAUAUGAGACCAGGAUUCUAAAACUGGAGGAGUCCAGCGCUGUUCUGUGUGCGCAAAUGGAACGUUUGGAACAAGAGAUGGAGCAGGAGAGGAAGAAGCAACGCAUGCUAGAGAUCAAACUACGAAACUCAGAGCGGGCGCGGGAGGAUGCGGAGAACCGCAACCGGCUUCUGGAGAAGGAGAUGGAGGAUUUCUUUUCCACACUGGGAGAUCUGGCCCUGGGUGCGAGGACUAGUGACAUUUGAUACGGCAUCGGUCCGUGGCCAAAACUGUCAAGGCUUGUAUUGUAUGUAUCGGGGGUUGGGUGUUUUUCAGGGGCUCAUGUCCUCCUUCAGAGUAACAGGGCGUUCCUUCAAAAGAAAAAGAAAAGAAGAAAAUAAAGGAAUCUGCCAUGUUUGUGUAUAUUCAGGACAAACUCAAAGGGAACUGAAAUAUGGAGACAGGAAAUUCUGAAGGGCUUAAAUGUAGAAUUUGGACUGACUUUGUGGUCCUUGUCAGAAUCAUCUCAAUUGAGCACUGAGCGAUUUGAGUUUCUCACGCAUGCCUGAAAUGGAUGGGUAAGAUAAAUGUGUCCAGGGCUUGUCUGGCGAAGGCAGUAUUUUAACAGUCCAGGUGCCUGAAAGUGAUGGUGGAACGUAAUGUAAUUUCUCUGAAAUUUUCUAUAGUCCUACUGGAGAGCACUGACUUCUUCAAUCACUACUUUACAAGGACAUUAUGAAUGGAUUUAAUGCUGGAACUGUAUGACUCAUUAGAGACAAUGUUAGACUGACAGCCAACUGAUAUUUAUCUUUUCUGAUAUUUAUCUUUAAGUAAUAGUGCUAUGUUUUAGGGAGUACACUUAUUUGCCUUCUUGCUGAGAGGUUUGAUACCACUCUCAGGUCUGAAGGAUUAAUAUUAGGCCAAAGCUAGCAGCUGGUUAGGCUAGCCUAACAUAGGGGGAGAGAGUUAGCCUAGCCUAGUACACACCUUUUAGCCCUUGUGUUGUCUUCCCGUCCACCAUGAGAGAAAAAAGUUUUGGUCACUUUUUUUCAACAUUAGUAUUGUUUUUUUCCCAACAUCUUCAACAAAAACACUUUUUCAGGUGUUUUUUCCAAAGUUUUUGAUAUUUUUAAUCUUGAUAUUUAUUUUGACUGCCUAUUUUUUGUGACAAAAAAAUAAAUUAACUGUAAACGGAUCAAAUUUAACCUAAGGACAACGUGAGGGUUAAAAAAAAAUCUGCUAACCAACACUUCUAAAGCUAACUAAUAACACGUGUGUUGUUUAUUUGAUUCUUACAAAAAACAAAAGGCAAAAAAUACUUUUUUUUCAUUUUAUGUUGGCCAGCGCUAGGCUAACUCUUCCAACUGUAGCCUACAUUAAGCUAGGCUAACUCUUCCAACUGUAGCCUACAUUAAGCUAGGAGCUAACUCUUCCAACUGUAGCAUACAUUAAGCUAGGCUAACUCUUCCGACUGUAGCCUACAUUAAGCUAGGCUAACUCGUCCGACUGUACCCUACAUUAAGCUAGGCUAACUCUUCCAACUAUAGCCUAAAUUAAGCUAGGCUAACCAGCUGCUUGCUGUAGCUUCAUAUUUACCCUACAGACAUGAGAGUGAUAUCAAUCUCCUUAGCUUGUUCUCAGCAAAAAACAUGAACUAAUGUAUUGCCUAAAAUAUCAAGCUAUUCAUUGAUAAGGCAGUUCAACCAAAUAAAAAAAA